CUCCCAGAGACGGUGCCAGUUCAGUGCAACAUGGCUGCGCGGGACGCACGAUUAGCAAUUGCAUUACUAGAUUUGCUUUCUUCAUCAUCAUCUAGCAGUGAUGAAGUAUUAAAAAAUCCACGGAAAAUUCCGAAAAUCAAAAAUUUUGUUCAGGUGGUGCAUAACUUAACGGAUAAAGAUGGACCACGUUAUUUUUACGUUCAUGCAGAGCUGCCAGGCGGGCCGGGUUGCCCCUCCAGUCCUUCUCACGAACAAGUUGUAAAAGCGCGGAUCCCGAGUAAAAAUGAAUAAAUACUUUGUUUGUUUAUAAUAAAUAAUAAUUAUAAAGUUUAUUUUGUUUAAAAAUUAGAUUAUAAUUGCAAAUUUGUAAUAUAAUUGUAUAA